GUUAGGCUGAUGAGACAGAGAAUAUAUUGGAACUAUAUAUACACAUUGAUGGAAGAGUAAGAAAGGAGUUGGUCAAAUGAGGCUUUCAAGCUAAAUAAAAGAGUAGCCAAAUUGCUUGAAAGAUUCAGUCAAUAAAGGUUAGCUAAUAUCAUAUACUAAUAAUUAGUACGUGAGACAACAUUGAUAGAUUAAAAAAAAAAAAAAAAUACUUGGUCAAGCUACUCUGCCUGUUUUGACAAUGUCUAAAAGGCUACAAUUCCAUUUAAUAUAAUAUGAAUCAAUGCACUUAUUCUACAACCUUUUUUGAUUGACCCUUUCCAUUGAUUCCAUACUGCAUUUUAUUGUAGAGGAGUAACAGGUCAAAGUCUUUUAUGUUCCUCUUCAUCAAUAACCUUAUGUAUCUAUAAAUAACACACUUAAUAUUUCCAUUCCAUCAGCACUCAAAGCAUCCAUUCUCCAAAGCCUCUCUUAUUUGCUUGCUUCUAUCAGCCCUUAGCUGGAAUCAAAUAGAAACUCACACAAUGGCAUCACAGACCAUCCAGAGCUACCGCAACGGCGCUGAGAUAUACAAUGGAGAUGCUUUCUGCAAGAAGAAAUCCAUCCAACUGCUCGAAGAGAUCGGUCUUCCAAAUGGUUUGUUUCCAUUGGAUGACAUUGAAGAGUUUGGAUAUAACCGCGAGGCAGGGUUUGUCUGGUUGAUUCAAAAGAAAAAGAAGGACCAUACCUUCAAGAAGAUCAAAAGAGCAGUGUCAUAUGCUCCCGAGGUAACUGCCUUUGUCGAGAAUGGUAAGAUGAAGAAGAUGACCGGAGUGAAGACGAAAGAACUCAUGCUUUGGCUCUCUGUAGUUGAGAUGUAUAUCGAGGAUCCUUCUUCCAAGAAGAUCACCUUCAAGACUGGCACUGGUCUUUCAGAUAGCUUCCCUGUGUCCGCAUUCGAGCUUGAAGAGUAGAGUCUAAAUAUUCCAAGUGUUCCAAUAAUGCUAUAAAGCUUGCAUCUUGAAAUUCUGUUAUUCUUGUAUUAUCUUAUCGUAGGUUUGUGUUUCUUGUGGUAUAAUUAUGGAAUGUUGAAUUAUCUAUGUAAUACAGUAAUUGCUCAAAGAUCUAAACUACAAUUUCUCCACAGAUAUCAAUGUAUGUUGGGAUGCAUUGCUUGAGUAAUAUAUAUACGAUAGAAUUCAUGUAAGUAAAUUUGAUUAAACAAUAACAAAGAUAUCUGUUUCUAAGGACAGUGUUUAAUUUAAGUAAACUGCUGUAACUUGUCGCAAAUAAUGUUUCUGAAUGCUAGUUCCAAGGAAGGCAGAGACC